AUGGAAGAUGUACAAACAGAGGAAGAUGUCCAGACUGUAUUGACACAGGAGACACAUGAGCUGGCAGACAUUCUGAGCUAUCAAGAUGAUGGCCAUCUCACCAUGCUCUAUGAAAUGAUGGACAUCAGUGCGCGGGAGCGGCUAGUGCAACUUGCGAGCCACAGAGAGCGCAUCCUGGGGUUGUUGAAUUACUUCAGGACUGCAGACCCUGCUAUUUGUCGCCAAUUUCUUCAAAUGGUUUGCAUGCUCUGCGAGAACAUGCCAAUGCUUCUGGAAUCACGGCUGAUGUCUGUGGCCGGGUCUGUGACUAGUAAGUAUGUAUGUGAUGUGCAUGUGCCUGCCCAUAUUGACCAUCCAGAAUACCACAUUAUAGCCUAGUUAUGCAUUUAUGGGGAAGAUGUCAAUAUGAGUCAGGGUGGGGUGUCCUUUCCAUUUCCAUGCCUCAUGUUAGACUGAUUUGACACCUAAUAAUCAAUAAACACCCACUGACAAUACAGUAAUUCAGUGGAUAGAGUUAGGCCUUUUAGUUAUAGCAUUUAUUAAAAGUUUGAUUUGUUUGACUGUACAGUUCAUCCUUGGCCUACACCAGCAAGUGAACCCCCAGGUAAUCAAUCAAUCAUCAUAUUUUAGUGCAGGUGUUGUCUACCCUCUUUUCAAUACUAAUGUAAGGGGAUAUGAAGUGUUUCAUUGUUAGUGUAAGAUGACACCUCUGUGUGAUAUUCAUGCCAAAAAUGGAUCAAAGGUCCAAAAUCAGAUGACACUAAAAACGGCAUUAAAAUAGUUAGAUGCAUACUGUAUAUGGAAGUGAAAGAGUUGUUUUGUCUUAGACAUUACUUAUAUAUCCACAGGGAGGAUGUCAUAUUCAAUGCCGUUUAAUCACUGUGCUUCGUCUUUUUUUGGUUUUCCCCUAUAUUUCCAUUAUUGGGUUCUCUCCAUUUUGUUAUUCUUCUCAGAAGAAGUCGUUGAAAACAACAGUCAUACCCUGGUUGAUGAGUAUAUGCCAUCUCAAGAGUGCUGUCUGAAACGCCCACGAUUAGGUAAACACCAGUCUUUUUUUAACUUUAUUUUUAUUUUAACAGGGAAAAAACAGAUUGAGACCUGGAUCUCUUUUACGGCUGUGCCCUGUGUAAACAUGUUGACAUGUACAGUUUUAGACAUACAGACAAAAACAUUUCAAACAUACAAAACAAAAACACAAUUCAACAGAAACAAUCACAAACAACAUCAUAUUGAUCCUCCAUAACAUUUUUUAAAUGGGCAAGGGACACCAGAGUGUCUAACUUAAGUUGGAUCUGCAGUUUGUUCCAUAAAUAAGGUGCAAAGGAACUGAAGGCAGUCCUACCCAACUCUGUGGAGACCACAGGAGUCUCUAAUGUAAUCCACAUCUGUGAUCUGGUUUUAAAAUUAGUAUAUCUAGUGGAAAUUAAUGAUGAUAUAUAUGGAGGUAGUUUUAAAAGAAGUGCUUUAUAAAUAAACAAGAGAGCAUGUUGCUCUCGCCUCACAGAUAGAGAGGCCCAACCCACAUGUUGAUAUAGGAUACAGUGAUGAGUUUUGUAACUAUCACCCGUGAUAAACCUGAGUGCACAAUGGUAAAUAGCAUCCAGUGGUUUUAAUGUGUUUGCCGAUGCAUGUAUAUAGAUAAUAUCACCAUCAUCUAAAACGGACAUAAAAGUAGCCUGUACAAUUUGUUUUCUAUUUACGGAGGACAGACAAGCCCUGUUUCUGUAAAGGAACCCUAUCUUGAAUUUGAGCUGUUUUCCCAAUUCAGUAACAUGUUUUUUAAAAGAAAGCCUAUCAUCUAACCAUACCCCUAAGUAUUUAUAUGCAGAGACCUGUUUGAUUUGAGUACCAUCCAAGCUAGUGAUUACAAAAGUGUUUCUAAUUGAGAGUUUAGACCUAGAAAAAAACAUGACAUUUGUUUUCUUAGCGUUUAAAACAAGUUUAAGCUGUAAAAGAGACCCCUGUAGUAUCCUAAAAUCAGACUCCAACUGCAUUAAAGCUUGGUCCGCUGUUGGAGCAAUAGAGUACAUCACUGUGUCAUCUGCAUAUAAAUGGAAUUUACAAUAUCUGACAUCAUCACCAAUAUUGUUUAUAUAAAGUGAGAACAAUAGUGGGCCAAUUAUUGAACCCUGAGGGACCCCUUUAAGUAACUGUAAGGGGUCAGACUUGACCCCGUCGACCAUGACGGCCUGAGUUCUAUCUUUAAGAUAGUCAUAAAACCAUCGACAGGCAUCAGUGCCCAGUCCUAUAGAUGACAGCUUACUCAAAAGGAUAGCAUGAUCUACAGUGUCAAAAGCUUUUGACAAAUCUACAAACAACGCAGCACAGUGCUUUCUAUCAUCUAAGGCAUUUGCAAUAUCAUUUACAACAAGCAUAGUGGCCGAUGUGGUACUGUGUUUAGAUCUAAAACCAGAUUGAUUGGUGCUAAAAAUACUGUUAACAGAAAGAAAAGAUUGUAACUGUUUGUUGACUAUAGAUUCUAGGAUCUUUGCCAGACAAGGGAGCCUAGAGAUGGGUCGAUAGUUAUCCAAAUCACUACCGUCACCUGCCUUAUGUAAUGGCAGAACAAAAGCUGCUUUCCACACCUUAGGGAUAUUUCCUGUGCUUAAUGUUAGAUUAAAAAUGUGUGUCACUGAACCAGCAAUGAUAGGUGCAGCACACUUAAGUAAGUACGGGUCUAAAUUGUCAGCGCCUAAGGAUUUCUUAGUAUCAAUGGCACACAGGGCAGCUAGAACCUCUGCUUCAGUUAUUUUCUGGAAACUAAAAACAGGGUUAACAUUUUUCAGAGUAACGGUUGAAAAGCAAGACGAAAAAUCAACUAACUGGCCAGUACCACAAUGGCCACUUUUCCUUUCAAAUAAAAAACCAGCAGAGAUGAAAUGCUUAUUAAAAGCAUCACAUAUAUCAUUUUUUUCACUUAGAAUACAGGAGUCUGAGAUAAUUUGCUUAGGAAGAGAAACAGCAGAAUUCCCCCGUUUCAGUGAAUUAACGGUUUUCCAGAAUUUUGCAGGAUCUCCUGCAGAAUCUGUCAUAGCAUUAAGGAAGUAAUUUGAUUUUGCCUUUUUGACAGCUGCAGUACAUUUAUUUCUCAAUUGCCUAAAAAACAGCCAAUCAGCUGGAGUACCUGUUUUCCUCGCCAAGGCCCAGGCCCGAUUCUUUUGCUUAAAAAGACCUGACAAUUCAGGAGAGAACCAAGAACUGGUUCGGUUUCUUACUCUGUGCUUCUUAAGCGGGGCAUGUUUAUCAGACAUAGAGGUAACAAUAGAAGAGAAAAAAGCAAGGGCUAAAACCGGGUCCAAAAAGCAGCAAGUGGAUAAAAGCUCAGAGUGAUAUGAGUCAAGGAUAAAAGCUUGCUGUGAGAAAUUUUUAUAAUUUCUCUUAGAGAUUAUACAGGGAUCAGAGUGUUUCAGCCUGGUAUCUCUAAUACAAGCAAUAGAGCAGUGGUCACUGAUAUCAUUUGAAAAAACCCCACUGGCUAUGUAUUUAUGGGGGGUAUUUGUUAGAAUAAUGUCUAAUAGAGUAGAUUUUACUGGAUUCUUAAAGUUGGGACGGGUUGGUUUAGUUAUCAGCUGAGUUAGAUUUAGCUCAGUACAAAUGUAUUUUAAUUUAUCGGAUACUGGUGAAAGCCAAUCCAGGUUAAAAUCUCCCAAAAUCAGUAAUUCAGAGUUUGCAUAAUUCAGAGUUUGCAUAAUCAUUUUAAUGUCUCAAUAAGAUUUGUCAUGGGUUUUGAAUUUGAAAAGACUUGUGUACUGUGUGAUCUCUGUUACUUGAAAUUAGUCAUUCUCUCCCUAUUAUGAGUUGUUUCUAAAUUAGUACACAGUCACAAAAUAUAUUUUUUAAAGAAAGUAAUGAACAUCUCAAAAACAUAUUGUCAUGUUGUUGUGUUCAGGUCAGGAGUAUGUUUAGUGUUCAUUUAUAAGAUGUUAUUUGUAUCCAGACCACAUAGAAAGUUACAAGGCUGCUGUGAGGAGAUGUCUACUGCAGCGAUGGAAGAGGGUUAUGCAGGGUGUGGUGAAGGAGGUUUGUCUGGAAGAGGCCUGGGUCAGUCUGCGCCACAAAACCCUGGUUAGACCAAGAGACAGGGCUGAUCGAGGGCUGAGCCCACCAGAGCUCCAGGAGGGAGCUGUGGAGGACAGGGUGACCGUUGACUCCCUCCUGGGUUCAGAAGCCCGGGUCACAUUGCUUUUGGGGCAGGCAGGGUCAGGGAAGACACUACUGAUGCACUGCCUUGGACAGCGCUGGGCUCAGGAUGCCUUCCCCUCCUUUCAUCUACUGGUCCUGCUAGAGUUCCGCCAGCUCAACCUCGUGGCUCGGCCACUGUCUCUGAAAGAGCUGCUCUUUCUCUUCUUCCUCCCACCAGAGGGUGGGGAGGAGGAGGGUGCUGCUGUGCUUGACUUCAUCCUCCACAACCCUGAGAAAAUAUGCUGGAUCUUUGAUGGCUACGAUGAGUUUCAUACUAAAAUCACCCACUCAGGGAGCCUGAGCAGCCCAUUCGACCCACGGUGCCCUCUACCCAUGUCAGAGCUGAUCUCAGGGCUGUGCAGUCGCAGGAUCCUCCCAGGAUGCACCCUGUUGAUUACCUGCAGGCCUCGGGACGUGACAGAUCUGGAAAGCUCUGUGGACUGCAUUGGGGAGCUGCUAGGCUUCAAUCGGCGCAUUGUGAAAGAAUAUGCUGAACAGUACUUCCAGGACAAGGGUCUGGAUCUAAAGGAGAAGGCAGUCAGUCACCUACUGGCCAACCAUCAUCUCCUCACCAUGUGUUACCUGCCAGCUCUCUGCCAUAUCUGCUGUGUGUGCUUGGAUCACAUAUUCUCCAGUGGUGGGUCCCAGUCCCAGGCUUUGCCCCAGCUGCCAACCACCCUCACCCAGGUCUACCUCCAGAUCCUCUGUGCCUUUCUGAGCCGAUGCCCAGGGACAGUCACGCCCCUGAUGCAGAGUCACAGGGCAGAGGUCACACAGCUGAGCUGCAUGGCCAUGAGGGGUCUGGAGGACAGCAGGAUUGUGUUUCUCUCUGAAGAGGUUCCACCAGACCUGUUGGACUUCGUCACCAAGACUGGUCUCCUCUCACAGGUGGACCUGACCCAUGAGGAUGGAUCUAAAGGCCAGGGGUACACGUUCAUGCACCUCACCAUGCAAGAGUUUAUGGGUGCGCUACACAUCAUGACCAGCGAGGACAUCACAGAGGCCCAGCUUAGGAAGAAGUUCAACCUCAAGACCCGCUGGACCACGAAAUCAGACCCCAAGACGGUCUUCACUGAUUCCCUCCACCUCUACGUGUGUGGGCUUGCUGCGCCAGCCUGCUUUCCUUACCUGCUCCAGCUGGUUGAGGGAGCAGGGGCUGUGGGGUGGGUAAAGAAACGCCAGGCACUGGUUCUCAAGUUGCUCCGGAGUCUGGCAGUGAGCACCAACCUGACUGGGCCCAAGGUAGUGGAGCUGUGCCACUGUAUCCAGGAGACCCAGGAUGCCCACCUGGCUAGGGAGGUGGUGGGGUCGCGACCGUGCUUUGAGCUAAGGAACAUUACGUUGAACCCUGUGGAUCUGGAUUCCCUGGCCUUUGUUGUAUCGUCUGCUGGAGUGGGAAUGGGGCUGGACUUUGGAGCCUGUUCUAUGGAACUAGAGUGUCUCGAUAUUCUACCCAGGUGUCAGCACAUCGACUACCUAAUGUGAGUUCAUGACUCAUUUAUACAUUGUGUACUAAACAAGAAUAAUCCUGCAUGAAACUAAGUUAAAUUCUUCUCCUCUUCUUUUUUUUUAUUUUUUACAAUCCCUCAGUUUUCGAAGCCGCAAGUAUGAUGACAGAUUUGCAGAUAAACUGUCUUGCAUCCUCCCCAGACUACCAACCCUGAAAAGAUUUGAGUGAGUCCUUCUUAACUGAGUAACUCAGUUUUGAAAGGACCAACUUUCUAAGUUGUUUUUUUGUGUGUGAAUGUCUAAGUGUGAUGUGAAUAAAUAUGCUCCUCUUCCCCAGGUUUAUCUGUGGUAACCUCACUGAUGUGGGAGCUGCCAAACUCGCCAGAGCCCUGGAGAGCUGUCCACAGAUCACAGAGCUCAAGUAAAUGAUUAUUCACUUACCGUAACAACCAAAGAUUAUUACCACGACUCUAAGAUUUUAUAGACCCUUUUAUCAGGAACUAACCAAACUUGGUUAAAGAUACAGUACCAUUUUUGCCAUGAUAGUACAGUUGGUCUGAUACCGUAUUGAACAGGUUUUGCAUUGUAUAAAGUCCGUAUUGAACAGGUUUUGCAUUGUAUUAAGUGAUUUGGGUUGUCUGUGUGACAGCUUCAGUGACAACAGCCUGACCGACAGAGGAGUCAGGGAGAUCGCCGACAUCAUUCCGAAGCUGCCCAGUCUGGCCUCUGUCUCGUGAGUUUGUUGUUUCCUUGACUGGAUCAUAUGUGUUGCAUGAUCCUAGCCCUUUAUGUUUAUUAAGGGUAGCUUAUUUCUACAUUUGAGCAAGCUUGCACUUUUGUUAAAAAGCCUGUGUGUGUUGUAUGUUUCCAGGCUGGGGAAGAAUGGCUGCUCUCUGGAGAGUAUAUACACCCUUCUAGAGAAGAUGACUUCCUGCCCCUCCAUCCAGGAAGUCUAUGCU